AUGUCUGGAAGAGGAAAAGGAGGCAAAGGUCUCGGAAAGGGAGGCGCAAAGAGACAUCGCAAGAUUCUGCGAGACAAUAUCCAAGGGAUCACCAAGCCGGCCAUUAGAAGAUUGGCGCGCCGAGGGGGAGUGAAAAGGAUAUCGGGACUUAUCUACGAAGAAACUAGAGGCGUUUUGAAGGUUUUCCUUGAGAAUGUUAUUCGAGAUGCAGUUACGUACACAGAGCAUGCCAAACGCAAGACAGUAACAGCCAUGGAUGUGGUUUAUGCUUUGAAAAGACAAGGUCGCACGUUGUACGGAUUUGGUGGCUGA